CAUCUUCUUUACAUCCAGCCCAGCAUGCGAUUUUCCGCUGCCGUUUCUUUGCUGUCUAUCAGCCAUGUAUUGGCACUUCCUGCACCCCAGACUUCAGAGUCUGCCAGUUCUGGAUCUUCUGGAUCUCUACGUGGUUCUGAUGCUCUUGCUGGCUAUAGCGCCGACGAGAACGUACCAAUUUCGCCCUCCACACAGGUCUCGCCCGAAGAUACUGAACUUGCACCAGGGCAAUCUGAAGACGCUGAUCUCGGUCUAUAUGUCGAUCUUUCACAUGUUAAGAACCCUCAGCCCAUUCGUGGUGGUGACACCAGCCCAACCGAUCCUGGGAUAAGAACGCAAGAAUAUGAUCGCUUGAACUCCGAUCUCUAUAUUCCACCUGGUACUGAUACUGGAUCUGUUCCAAAUUCCAAAUGGCCGUUCGGGCUAUCACAUAACCGCCACGGACUCGCUGGUGCUGGCUGGGCGAGAGAGCAGAAUGUCGAUCAGCUCCCGGUUGCAACAGCUAUGGCUGGAGUAAACAUGAGACUCAGUCCCAAUGCCUACCGAGAGCUUCAUUGGCAUAAGGCAGGAGAGUGGGCGUUGAUGCUUAAGGGAUCCGUCCGCGUGGCAGUUGUAACUGAUGAGGGCCAGAGCUUCGUCGAUGAUGUGACCGAGGGGGAUGUAUGGUUCUUUCCGGCUGGGAUCCCCCACUCUCUUCAGGCACUCGAGAACGGCGCUGAGUUUCUUAUUAUCUUCGAUGAUGGUAGCGCAAGCGAGGACGGGACCUUCCUUCUCUCCGAACUCAUUCAACGAAUGCCUGAGAGUGUUGUUGCGAAGAACUUUCGCACUUCUGUGGAUACGUUCAAGAGCCAACCCGAGGGUCAAUUGUGGAUUUUCCCUGGAACACCUGCUCCUAGAGAUAUCGAGAAACAGAACGUCACCGGUCCAGCAGGACUCGUGCCUCACCAAGACGCUUACACGUACCACUACUCCAAACAACAACCCCUCAAAGUUCCCGGCGGAUCCGUCAAGAUCCUUGAUCCGCUCACCUUUCCCAUCGCAAAAGACAUUUCCGCUGCGCUCGUCACAUUGGAACCUGGAGCUAUGCGUGAGAUGCACUGGCACCUCAAGUCCGACGAGUGGACCUACUUCAUCCAAGGCUCUGCACGCCUCACAGUCUACGCAGCUCCCGCCAGCUCUCGCACAUUCGACUUCACAGCUGGCGAUGUCGGGUACGUCCCUGUGCCAAAUGCGCAUUAUAUCGAAAACGUCGGCAAUGAAACGCUUGUCUUCCUGGAGGUACUGAAGGAUAGCCACUUCAACGAUGUCAGUGUUAAUCAAUGGUUGGGACUCACCCCUGGUCAGAUUGUCAAGGACCAUCUCAAGGUGGAUGACGCUUUUGUGGAUUCGUUGCCGAAGGUCAAGCCACUCAUCUUGCCUGGGAAUCCGAACUUGACGACUACGAACUUCACGGAGGAAGCUUCGUGA